GGUCAGUGGGUCCUACAGAAUCGGCGUGUUCGUUUCAAACCUGUAGUACAAGAGAGGACGAGCACGAGAAAGAAUCUUCCCCGUCGAGAAACUUCAGUCUACAAAUCAACAUUGAUGGAGUGGCAGCCGGACGAACAGGGACUCCAGCAGGUCCUCCAGCUCCUCAAGGACUCCCAGUCCCCCAACACGGCCACACAGAGAGCUGUGCAACAAAAACUUGAACAGCUCAACCAGUUCCCUGACUUCAACAACUAUCUCAUCUUUGUGCUCACAAGACUGAAAACUGAAGAUGAACCCACUCGUUCUCUGAGUGGUCUGAUCCUGAAGAACAAUGUGAAGGCCCACUACCAGAACUUUCCCCCGACCGUGGCUGACUUCAUCAAGCAGGAAUGCCUCAACAACAUAGGCGACCCGUCGCCCCUCAUCCGCGCCACCAUCGGUAUCCUGAUCACCACGAUAACUUCCAAAGGGGAGCUGCAGACGUGGCCAGAGCUGCUUCCCCAGCUGUGUAACCUGCUCAACUCUGAGGACUACAACACCUGCGAGGGCUCGUUUGGCGCCCUGCAGAAGAUCUGCGAGGACUCGUCGGAACUGUUGGAGAGCGACGCGCUCAACCGCCCGCUCAACAUCAUGAUCCCCAAGUUCCUGCAGUUCUUCAAGCACUGCAGCCCUAAGAUCAGAUCUCAUGCCAUCGCCUGUGUGAACCAGUUCAUCAUCGGCAGAGCCCAGGCCCUGAUGGACAACAUCGACACCUUCAUCGAGAGCCUGUUUGCGCUGGCUACAGACGAGGACUCUGAGGUGAGGAAGAACGUGUGCCGGGCUCUGGUCAUGCUGCUGGAGGUCCGUAUCGACCGGCUCAUCCCUCACAUGCACAGCAUCAUACAGUACAUGCUGCAGCGCACACAGGACCCGGAUGAGAACGUUUCUCUGGAGGCCUGUGAGUUCUGGCUCACCCUGGCUGAGCAGCCCAUCUGCAAGGAGGUGCUCUCUGGACACCUGGUGCAGCUCAUUCCUAUCCUGGUGAACGGCAUGAAGUACUCUGAGAUAGACAUUAUCCUGCUGAAGGGUGAUGUGGAGGAGGACGAGGCUGUGCCGGACAGUGAGCAGGACAUCAAGCCCCGCUUCCACAAGUCUCGCACCGUCACCCUGCAGCACGAGGGAGGAGAGGGCGAGGAGGGGGAGGACAUCGAUGAAGACGACGACGAUGAUGACGAUACAUUAUCUGACUGGAACCUACGCAAGUGUUCGGCGGCGGCGCUGGAUGUGCUGGCCAAUGUGUUCCGGGACGAGCUGCUGCCUCACCUGCUGCCCCUGCUCAAGGGCCUUCUCUUCUCCCCUGACUGGGUCAUCAAGGAGUCUGGCAUCCUGGUGCUGGGGGCCAUCGCUGAGGGCUGUAUGCAGGGCAUGGUGCCCUACCUUCCGGAGCUCCUCCCCCACCUCAUUGCGUGCCUGUGUGACAAGAAGGCCCUGGUGCGCUCCAUCGCCUGCUGGACUCUGUCCCGCUACGCCCACUGGGUGGUCAGCCAGCCCCCAGACUCCCACCUCAAACCCCUGAUGACCGAGCUGCUCAAGAGGAUACUGGACGGCAACAAGAGGGUGCAGGAGGCCGCCUGCAGUGCAUUUGCCACCCUGGAGGAGGAGGCGUGUACAGAGCUGGUCCCCUACCUCAGCUUCAUCCUGGACACGCUGGUGUUCGCCUUCGGCAAGUACCAACACAAGAACCUGCUCAUCCUCUACGACGCCAUCGGAACGCUCGCCGACUCCGUAGGACAUCACCUCAACCAGCCUGAGUACAUCCAGAAGCUGAUGCCUCCCCUCAUUGCCAAAUGGAAUGAACUGAAGGACGAGGACAAGGAUCUCUUUCCACUUCUGGAGUGUCUGUCGUCGGUGGCCACGGCCCUGCAAAGUGGCUUCCUGCCCUACUGUGAGCCUGUCUACCAGCGCUGUGUAACCCUGGUACAGAAGACCCUCGCUCAGGCCAUGAUGUACAACCAGCACCCUGACCAGUACGAAGCCCCUGACAAGGACUUCAUGAUUGUGGCCCUGGACCUGCUGAGUGGCCUGGCCGAGGGCUUGGGGGGCAGUGUGGACCAGCUGGUGGCCCGCAGCAACAUCAUGACCCUGCUCUUCCAGUGCAUGCAGGACCCUAUGCCAGAGGUGAGACAGAGCUCCUUUGCCCUGCUGGGUGACCUGACCAAGGCCUGCUUCCCUCAUGUCAAACCCUGCAUUGCUGAGUUCAUGCCGAUCCUGGGCCUGAACCUGAACCCAGAGUUCAUCUCUGUGUGUAACAACGCUACCUGGGCCAUUGGCGAAAUCGCCAUGCAGAUGGGGAGAACUGACAAGAAGGAUGAAGGAGAUUGCUCAGGAUCAGACAUGCAACCCUAUGUUGGGCUGGUCCUCAACAACCUGGUGGAGAUCAUCAACAGACCUAACACACCCAAGACCCUCCUGGAGAAUACAGCCAUUACGAUCGGCAGGCUGGGCUACGUGUGUCCACAGGAGGUGUCUCCCAUGCUGCAACAGUUUAUCAGACCCUGGUGCACAUCGUUGAGGAACAUCAGGGACAAUGAGGAGAAAGACUCUGCGUUCCGUGGAAUCUGCAUGAUGAUUGGAGUCAACCCCGCUGGAGUGGUUCAGGACUUCAUCUUCUUCUGUGAUGCUGUGGCCUCCUGGGUUAGUCCUAAGGACGAUCUGAGAGACAUGUUCUACAAGAUCCUCCAUGGCUUCAAGGACCAGGUGGGCGAGGAGAACUGGCAGCAGUUCUCAGAACAAUUCCCCCCUCUACUGAAGGAGAGGCUGUCGGCCUGCUAUGGCGUGUAGUUCCCCUCGCCGACACAGGACACGCCUGUCAGGUUUAAUCUACGGGAGGGUUACUGGGGGAACUCAUCCAUCUGUGUUACUGCACUGCCCUGAUCGUGGGGGCAGGAGGAGAGGGACUGGCCCUGGCUCCUGUCCAUUCAGACUACAAGUCCCACGACCCUGUGUGUCUC